AUGGUCGCCAACGGCAAGAAUGGCGGCAAGGGCGCCGCCGACUUGGAAAAGAUAAUCCACGAAGCUCGCGAUCGAAAGAAGAACGAAGCGCUUGCCGCCAGGAUAUUUGGCAAAGACCGCCGCUCAAGCACCCCCGCCUCCAAAUCGUCCCUCGCCGGCAGCCUCGCCAGCCGCGCAGGCGUGAAGAAGCGUACCGAGCAUACUAGCCGCCCGCGGCAUAGUACGGGCAACAUUGACGGAGAAUGGACGCACGACCUCCACGAGACACAGACCCAGGGCCCCAGGGCCAACGGUCGAGCCAGCGGCAGCGGUGCAGGCUCCCUCGCCGCACGCAUCACUGACCCGAAUGCACCCCCGACCGGACCAGCGAGCCACAGGCGCCAGACGCGUCGCGCCGCCCAGGUAGCACAAGCCCUGAUAAGGUCGGAACUGCAAUCAUCCCACCCCCGGCAGCAACAACGCCCAGCGCACCCGGAAACCGGUACCAACGGCGCGAUUCCGACAGGGCCGAAGGCCAUGGCGAAGCCGACAGGCGCAUUCAACAAGGGCAUCACGAUCCGGGGUUUGGCCGGCCCAUUUGUCGUCAUGGCACAGAACUUUGCCCCCGGCACGACGGCGGCCGACAUCGAGAGCGCCGUGACCCCUGUGGGUGGUAUCGUUACCAGCUGUCGCGUGGUGAAGCAGCACCCGUUGGUAAUUGCGGAGAUCGUUUUCGAGAGUAAGGAAGGUGCCGACAAUGUAAUUGCUACGUUCAACAACCAGACAGCCGAUGGUCGCGUCCUGAGCGUCUACCCCAAGGUUGGCAACACCCCCUCCGCCCCCGUCAACCCAGCAUCAGCUCGCGCCUCGUCCGACGACAUGGUGGUAGAUGGGUCCUAUGGCUUCGAUGAGCCAAUGGAUGCGGACCCCCAACCGGCGAAACAACCUCCCACGGGGCCGGCGGCGGGAGUUGGCAGUGGCUUGUACAGCGACAAUCUCGUGAAGACGAACCGCUGGGGUCGGGGUUUCAGCCGGAGUGGACGCUUCAAUGGGAGAUAG